GUGAAGAGACACUACACUGAACAAAUGACCGGCAUCCAUUAAGCUCUGACUCUGUCCACAGCGCACUGAUAAAGGAGAGGUCCGGCGCGAGCAUCCGACCCAGCACAGACUCUAAACUGCCGCGCAUCUGCCUACCCCUCGGAGUUUUCGCCUCUCAACUAAGCAGAAAAAAAGAAAAGAGGAUAAAUGUUUGUGAAACUGACUGAAGAGGUGAAAAAGACACCGACACUUGUUGCUCGUCUCGUCAGGUAAACCUCAGUCAAAGUGCUCCGCGCAAAGUCUGGUGCGCACAUGGCACCGAAAAGGCGCUUCUCACACUCCUGACAGCCGCGCGCUUAAUAUGAAGCCACACUGGAUAACAAGGCCUACCUACCUGCUGACCUCAUCAGACAUUGUUUGUUAAACGUGGGGAUUUAAUCUGAAAUCUGACAUUUUUUUAAGAAGUGGAGGAAACUAAAAAAACAAAAAAACAAAAAAACAAAAACGCAGAGCCAUGCUUGGUUUUAGGAUUGUGAGCCUCCGGGCAGCUCGAAUCAGGAGCUGUGGUUCACUGGGAGCCAGGGCCUCAUCCCGGUCUUCUUCAUGCCAAAACCCCGGUGCCAGCUCGAGGAUUUAUUGUGCGUGUGUGCUGCUGCUGCUGCUGGUGACGCCCCGGGUGGACUCAUCAUGGUGGUACAUCGGUGCACUUGGGGCCCGUGUGAUCUGUGACAACAUCCCUGGUUUGGUGAACAAGCAGCGGCAACUCUGCCAGCGUCACCCAGACAUCAUGCAGGCCAUAGGCGAGGGCACCAAGGAAUGGAUCCGAGAGUGCCAGCACCAGUUCAGGCACCAUCGCUGGAACUGCAGCACACUGGACCGUGACCACACCGUGUUUGGACGUGUCUUGCUGCGGAGCAGUCGUGAAGCAGCCUUCGUCUACGCCAUCUCUUCAGCAGGAGUGGUGUAUGCGCUCACUCGUGCCUGCAGCCAGGGGGAGCUAAAAACAUGUAACUGUGACCCGCACAAGCGUGGACGAGCUAGCGAUGAGAGAGGAGAGUUUGACUGGGGUGGCUGCAGCGAUAAUAUCAACUAUGGGAUAAAGUUUGCCAAAGCCUUCAUAGAUGCCAAAGAGAGGACUGUUCGAGACGCUCGAGCACUCAUGAACCUGCACAACAACCGCUGUGGCAGAACAGCAGUGAAGCGGUUCAUGAAGCUGGAGUGUAAAUGUCAUGGCGUGAGUGGUUCAUGCACGCUGCGGACAUGUUGGAUGGCCAUGUCGGACUUCAGGAAGACUGGAGACUACCUGAGGAGGAAAUACAACGGGGCCAUUGAGGUGACGAUGAAUCAGGAUGGGACUGGCUUUGCUGUAGCGAACAAAGCCUUCAGGAAGGCCACCAAGAAUGACCUGGUCUACUUCGAGAACUCUCCUGAUUACUGCCUACAAGACAAAUCAGCAGGCUCUCUGGGCACAGCUGGACGAGUUUGCAACAAGACAUCACGUGGGACGGACGGCUGUGAGGUAAUGUGCUGUGGGCGAGGCUACGACACAACCAGAAUCAAGCAAAUCACUAAGUGUGAGUGCAAGUUCAAAUGGUGCUGCGCAGUGGAGUGUAAGGACUGUGAGGAAGCUGUGGACAUACACACGUGCAAAGCACCAAAACGAGCUGAAUGGUUGGACCAGACCUGAAGACAUGACCCCCUCAGCUCUACCCCUUUCCUCCUUUACAGAACGUCCUGUGGAACACGGCAUUCUGGGAAAAAGUUUGUCCAAAAGUUCUCUACGUAUUUUCCCUCCCCUGCCCCACAUCAGUUCAUCAUUGCAUGGCUUUUUUUACCUGUCUCUGUGAAAGCACUACAACUCAGUACCCAUGAAUAUGAAAUAAUUAGCCCCUUUUCAUGAACGACCCUGUGACUGAACUGCUAGGACACUUUGGGGGUGAGUGGGCUUUAAGUAAAGAUCCAAUUCUGAUGGCCUUUUUUCUAGCAUACGGUACUGGGUCAGGAAUAGUUUGCUGCUUUCAUGAUGCUAUAAAGACACACUUUUACAUAAACUGAGCCUUCAGACAUAUCCAGUAUUAUCACAACAUCAUGUAUUCACAUAUUUUUUUCUUUUUUGGGGGGAAAUACACGUUUAUCUACCAAAAAUGCUAACUUGGUUGGACUAGCUUGACAAGUGCACUUUGAGAAGUGGACAUCUGAGCUUAAAGUUUGGCUCUGUGUGGCCAAAAAGAAGUCCAUGAAAAGGACUGUGAGAGGACAAGGAGAGGACACCAGAUGAAUAAAUGGACGGAUGCAUCAUUGGAACUUUGAAUGCAACUGUAAAAAGGAAAAAGAGGUCUUUUAAGUGAUUUAUUUAAAUUGUAAAGUGUUGUUUCAAUUUUAACUGCACUACAUUGGCUGACACAAGGAGAGAGAAGAGCACUCCCAUUUUUACUAUCAACAAUUUUCAGUGUGCAAGACAACAAGCUGCUGCUUAGAAGAAGAAAAAGAAAUGCAAGAAUGCCUCUAUGGUUGUUCAGUCACUCAUAACCACAACAUUAGACAGAUUUAAUUUCUCUGCUCUCCAGCUUGCUUGUAUAACAUUGUGUAUAAUGCCUUAUCUAAACAGAUGUUCAUAUGAAAUAUAUGGUGCAUUAGUACGA